AUGGGCGAUCGGGGCGACGGCUGGAUCACCGUGGGCCGACGCUUGGCCCUUGACGGAGAACCGCCAUGGGCCGAACAAGAGGUGAGGGAGCGGGAGGCCAUUGCGGCGUGGGAUCAUGACGAGCAGUGGCCGAGCGUGCACAAACCAAACUUCAACGGUCCUGAAGCAAAACGAUUCGAUUCCCGUCUAACCCAUCUCGACCACCUCGGCGGCGGCGCCUUUGGCCGUGUGGACAAAGUGACACAUGAUGCCGUUUGCCUCGCUCGGAAGCGCAUCAUGCGCCGCCGUGGGCUUACAAUCGACGACUUGCGCCAGGAAGGGCUGACGAUGCGCAAGCUGGACCAUCGCCACGUCGUCAAGCUGGUGGCGGCUUACAUGCCUCGGCCGCACGAACUAUGCCUGCUCAUCUGGCCCGCUGCCGUUUGCGAUCUCGACACUCUGCUGGACAAUCUAGACUCGAUACGCGCAGGCACGGGAGACCGCGAGGACGUCUUAGCACGGCUCGACGCACUAGAGAUCAACGACUUGAGCGCAAUUGAGCCCUCGACUGUGACGCAAAACAUGGACUCGCUUGCAAGAUGCCCGUUUGAGUUCCUCCGCGGCGUUGUUGGCUGUGCGGCUCGCGCAAUGGCGUACUGCCAUCACAACGACGUUCGCCAUCUAGAUAUAAAGCCCUCGAAUAUCUUGCUCAAGCCCGGCCGGGUGUAUUUGGCCGACUUUGGCAUUUCCAAGGAUGUCAGUGGCCAGGAACAAACCACCAUCGACGGCAAUCCUGGCACAGAAAAGUGGCGCGCGCCGGAGCUCUACAGCCAGGAUAGUUCUAGUAUGCAACUCUCGGAUAUGUAUUCUCUGGGACUCGUCUAUCUCAACAUCGCAACGGUGCUGUACAAUGUCAGGCUCUCCGAAUUUGACGACGCCCUGACCUAUCAAGCCGAUCUCUCCCGCAGCGAGAAGCUCGCAAUUCGGGAAGACAAGCUCAAGCGCCUCCUCGAAAAACUCACUUCCCAUGCCUUGGUGACACCGCAAUUCAUGUUUACUUACGAGGGCCAGGAAACAGUCAGGCCGCGACCUCUCGUGAAUCUCAUUACCAAGAUGAUAUCACCCAUGCCCCGUGCUCGACUACCGGCCGAUAAAGUGGACGAGAAGCUAUCCAUGAUCGGAGGCAUUCACCAGAUCUAUCACGGCGAAUGCUGCAAACGCCCAGCGUCCUGGGUUGAAGAUAAGUGGGACAAGAAAUUCGUCGCCCUGAUGAGCCUCAAGGCGGAGAACGAUGACUUGAAAAAGAAGAUUGCCGACUUGCACGGCAGAGAUGAGACGUACGAGAAACGCCUGGAGAAUGCGCGAAAGGCGCACGAGCAUGAUGUCGCCAAGCUCCAGGCGCUAUUGAAGAGCGCCGAGGAAAAAAGCCAACAGCUAGAGCAGGCUCAGGGAGGGCGCAGAAGAAACCAUGAUCGCGACCAGCAUAACCAGCACCAGCACCGCCAGGCGGGCCAAGCAUCAAAACCACGCAAUGCUCCCCCUUCUCCCUCACCAGCUUCUCGAGGCGUCGGUCUCGGCCUGAAAAAAACACAGUCGACACCGUCAGCUAUCCCACAGCGGCCACCGCUCCAGCCUCGGUACCAGACAUCACCUCGGGCCUCCUCGGCCAGUUUUCAUACGCCCACCCCGCCGUCUCGUUCAACGGAGUCGUUAUCUCGAUUCAGCAACACCUCAACAAUCAAGGCCGUGCAACAAAUAUCGCCCGGCCUGCCGAAUAGGACCCCGAGCACGACGAGCCUGUCGGGAUACACGCUGCGGUCCAGGGGUUCGGGAUCCAAACUGCCCCUUCCCGUGACUCCCGGCAGCCGAUCAGGCACCCCCAACCUCAACCAGGAACAGAGCCUGACAGACAGCAGCAUGGCUUCGUCCAUCUUUUCCAGAAAGAGCGUGGACACCGUGCCAACGCCCGCUCACAACAGCCCAGCCGUAAGCAGAAUAUUAGAACCCGACGACAAACCAGAUGUCCACUGGGGGGCACUUCCCAUCCAGAGAGAACGAAGGGAACGAAGACCCUCGACGCCUCCGCCUCCUCCAAGCCCGGGCUUGUCGCUGUCUUCUUCGGUCAUGUCAUCGCCUACAGCACUGAGGGCUGACCUUUUGUACGGAGACGACGGAGACCCAAACGUGACUGUGAGGCCAAGGAAGAUUGCCACGCUACAGCCAAUGAAGAGUUGGGCUGAAGUGGCGAAGAAGGAAAUCAAGCAGCUCAGGAGAUUGCAGUGA